AUGUCCUCCUACACGCUCGCAGACGGCACCCUCCCUCACGCCACCGCCGCCGUCAAGGUCCUCUCCCACCUGCUCGACCUGGUCGAAAGGUCCACCUCGCCGACCCCCGAGGCCCUCCUCGCCGCCCGCCUGCACCCGUCCAUGCUCCCCCUGGCCUUCCAGUUCCACUUCGCCGCCGACUGCGCCAUCAAGAUGGUCGCCCGCCUCGAGGGCGUGGACCCGCAGGCCCUCGGCUCCUGGGAGGCCGUCAAGACCGUCGCCGACGCCCGCGCCCGCGUCGACGCCGCCGCCUCCAGGCUCGCCUCCGCCGACGCUGACAAGAUCGCCAGCCGCAGGGACGAGACCGUCACCUACGGCAAGGGCCGUGGCGUGCCCGACGGCAAGCUCAGGGCGCGGGACUAUGCUGCCGGGUUCAGCCUGCCCACCAUCUUCUUCCACACGACGACCGCGUAUAGCAUACUGCGCAAGGAGGGCGUCGACCUAGGCAAGGCGGACUACAUGGACUCCUUCAUGGGUCCUUAUGAGGAGUCGUGA